CUCUCUUUCUGCAACUCAGACCCUUUGCUCCUGGCUCCCCUGAGCUCAGUAGACCUGUGCAGGCCCCUCGUGAGAAGAUGCUGGCGGCGUGGGGGUCUUGCCUGCUGUUGGCAGUGGUACUGCUCCAUCCAGGUCCCAGGGCCCAAGCCACGAAAGGUGUCAAAUGUGGAGGUGUACUCUCAGCACCUUCUGGAAACUUCUCCAGCCCCAACUUCCCAAGACUAUACCCUUACAACACAGAGUGCAGCUGGCUGAUUGUGGUGGCUGAGGGAUCCUCUGUGCUGCUCACCUUUCAUGCCUUUGACCUGGAGUACCAUGACACCUGCGGCUUCGACUUCCUGGAGAUCUACAACGGGGCCUCUGGAGACAAGGGCAACCUGCUGGGGAGGUUCUGCGGCCAGGUGCCCCCACCGCCCUUCUCCUCCUCCUGGCAUGUCAUGUCCAUCGUCUUCCACUCAGACAAGCAUGUGGCCAGCCAUGGCUUUUCUGCAGCUUACCAGAAAGAUGUGUGCGGUGGUGUCCUGACCGGCCUGUCGGGGGUGCUCACCAGCCCUGAAUACCCCAACAACUACCCCAACAAUGUAGAAUGUCACUGGGUGAUCCACGCGUCGGGACCCGCCGCCGUCAAGCUGGUGUUCAUGGACUUCCAGGUGGAAGGCAGCGAGCAGUGCACCUAUGACUAUGUGGCAGUGCUCGGGGCCCCUGGACCCGCCCACGGGCACCACUACUGUGGCAGCACCAGGCCCCCCACCCUCACGUCAUUGGGCCACGAACUGCAAGUGGUAUUCAAGUCAGACUUCAACAUUGGAGGCCGGGGAUUCAAGGCCUACUACUUCUCAGGAGAAUGCCAGGAGUUGUACACAGCUGUGCGCGGCAACUUCUCUAGCCCACAGUACCCAGGCUCCUACCCCAACAACAUCCGCUGCCAUUGGACCAUCCGCCUGCCUCCUGGCUACCGAGUCAAGGUAUUCUUCCUGGAUGUGGACCUGGAGGAACCCAACAGCUUGACCAGGACCUGUGACUUUGACCAUCUGGCGGCCUUUGAUGGAGACAGUGAAGAGGCAGCACCGCUGGGGAAUUGGUGUGGUCGCCACCUGCCUCCCCCCAUCACCUCCAGCCACAACCAGCUCCUGCUUCUGCUACACACAGACCGCAGCACCACCGGCAGAGGCUUCUCUGUGGCCUACAUUGGAGGUCAGCUGGGAUGGGGGGAUGGGGGAAGGGAAGAAGCCAAGUGGGGAAGAAAUUGGACUCAGAUGGUGCCCAUGAAUGUGAGCUGCUCCCGCACAGACUUCCAGAUCCUGAUCUCAGCACAGGCACUGGCCCCACUGGAGCGGACCAAGAUUUACCUGGGCAGCCGGAGCUGUGCUGCCCAAGAAGUCGGCAGCAACUUCCGGAUCCAGGCCCGCUUUGACACCUGCGGCACUGAGUCUCAGAUACAACCUCCAAGACUCCGAGUCAAUAGGAAGGAGUCAGUGGCUGGACCAGGCUUUGAAUCUGGGCUAGGCGGGUACGUGGGGGAACAGGCUCAGCCCAGGCUGCAUCAGGUGUGUUACAUGCCCUGGUCCCCACAGAGAAGAAACAACACAUCAGUGAUCGUCAGCGUGUUGUACAUUGACUUCUCGGCGGCCGGGCGGGAGGAUGUACAUGAGUAUGAAGUCCGCUGUGAGCCCCGACGCAAGGAGGCUUCUGUCCACCUGCUGUCUGGCUCCGACUGGCUUGGGCCCUAUGCUGCCACGGCUGAACACCUCCAGGAGGCGCCACCCGGGGAUGAAGUGGAGGUGCCGGAGGGUCCAGUGACCAUGGUCUCCCAGGACACCAGUGACAUCGUCUUCCUGGGUCUUUGCAUCCUGGCUGGAGUCCUCAUGGUCAUUGCCAUUGUGGUCCUGAUGCUGCUGUGA